CCGGGAAAAUGGCGGCCCCCGCCCGCGCCGCGGAGUCGCCGUCGGCCGCGGAUCCGGCGCCCGCCUCGGGGCCAGCCGAGGGAGCUAACUGCCCGCCGCAGCCCCCGCAGCAUGUCCUGGCUGCCCCGCGGCCUCGAGCCCCAAGCUCCCGAGGGCUGGGAGCGGCGGAACUCGGCGGAGCUGCGGGAGAUGCUGAGGCGCCAGGAGAGACUUUUGCGCAACGAAAAAUUCAUUUGCAAAUUGCCCGACAAAGGUAAAAAGAUCUUGGAUACAGUUGCCAAACUGAAAGCUGCUAUUGCUGAUCGUGAAGAGGAUAGAGGAAAAAGUGAACUGUUUAAUCCUGUUAAUUUAGACUUUGAGCUAAGGCAAAAGGCAAUUGCAAGAGUUGAUGCGGACGUAGAUAAGACCCAGAAUUCUGAACAGAUACUUGAUACUUCAUCACUAGUUUCUGGCUGUUCUCCUGUAGAUAAAAUCAAGUUAUCCAAAACAGCUUCAGAAAAUCAGGGACUUGUGCUUCCUACUCACAAAGACAAGGAAGAGUCUCCACCGGCCGAGUCCACAGUGAGCCAGCGCCCAGCUUCCAGCAGCAGGGCUGGGAGGCUUUCCCCAACCCAGGCUGAGGAGCAUCUCCCGCAGCAGUGUGUUUCGGGUCGCACAGAAGAUAUUUCCGGCGGCUUGAACAACUCAUUUAUCGACAAGUUGGAGAGGAUCAUGAUUACGGACCAAGGUGACCACCACGCAGAAGCCGAGACCUUGACGAGCCUCUCUAGUGGGCCUCCUAAGAGGCCUCAUUACAUGGAAGUGCUAGAAAUGCGAGCCAAGAACCCAGUGCCCCCAUCACAUAAAUUUAAAACCAAUGUGUUACCGUCACAGCACGGUGGCUCACCGGGUCACUUUUGGAGGGCAGAGUCUCCUGUGUCCUCAGAGGAGCGGCGGCGCAGGGACAAGCAGCACCUGGAUGAUAUCACAGCAGCACGGCUCCUGCCGCUGCACCAUCUGCCCACGCAGCUGCUGAGCAUAGGAGAGUCUUUGGCACUUCAGCAACAGCAGAAGCAGAAUUACGAGGAAAUGCAAGCGAAGCUCGCAGCACAAAAGCUAGCAGAAAGACUGAAUAUUAAAAUGCAGAGUUACAGUCCUGAAGGGGAGUCUGUGGGGAGGUACCGAGAAGUGAGGGAUGAAGGCGACGCUCUGUCCUCUGACGACGAGUGCUGAAGACGGCGCUGCGGUGACCUGCGCUCCGACAGUUACAUCAGACUUGGUAACAAGUAUCGAGAUCAUCAGUGUCGGACAUAGCUGAGGGAAACACCUUAUAGUUACACCAAGGAAGCUACAAGAAAAAGCCCAAUUUGUUUUUUCAGAUGGUGAUCUUCAUGUGCUUGAAAAGUUUACUAUUUGAAUAUCGUGUUUAACCAUAUUGUAUUAAAGUUUUGCAGUUUGUUGUACAUUGAUCUGAUAUUUUAGUAUGUGGUAGAGCAGUUUUUUUCUUUAAGCCAAAUGAAAUCAGAUGACUGCUUGUCUCCUUAAUCUUACUUUUAUCAAACAGUAUUUCUCACAUCUUCCAGUGAUGGAUGUAGUUGUCCUGGACAGCUAAAGUGUGUUAGGAAGGCAGUUCCCUGCUUUCCUGCGUAGCUAAGGGAGCCGACUUGAGAAGCUGAGGCAGGCUGCAUGGAGCUCCUGAGCUAUUGGAAGUGAAGUGCCUAGGAGAACACUGGGAAACAUUCGGAAGUGUUUGCUUCCUCCUCCUAUCUUAUGUGAGGAAGCUUCUCCUUUCCUUCUCCUUAGGAACAGGAAUAGUUCUUGGAGAUGCUGCAUGUGGAGGGUCUCGUGGGAAGUCAGAUUCACGGGGAGUGACUGUACAGGAGGAGUCCACGGUGCCCGAGCUUGGUGAAAGUUUCAGUGCUGUUCUCGGGCGGCACCUGAUGGGUUCUGUGAGCUGGUGGGUGAGAAGUCCAAGUGUGGGACAUACGUGUCUGGUAAGGAAACCAGAAUUUUAAAGUUACAAUUAGGUUGUCAGUACAUUGGAGUUUUUUCCCCAAAGAAGUCAUAUAUAGGUCUUAGAAAUCUCAAUCUCAUAUAUACACGUUCCUGUCGUUUUAAAUGAUUGGAUGUUGUCUCCAGAGGAAUUAACGCUUACAUUAUCGAACAAUUCUUUGCCUGAUAUGUGGAGCCUUUAAAAUACUGAAAGCAAAAAAUAUUAGAACAACUUCAAAUGCUCGUGGUGACAUUUUACUGGUAUCUAAAGUUUGCUUCUUUAAAAAAGAGGCCGUUCGUGUGUGACGUUUGCCGGGAAGCACAUGGAGGCCAGAGGCCCUGUGACAGGUAGGGCUCGAGGCCUGCUCUGUUUGCUGGUAGGAGCUGCUUUCCAUCUUCCCUCUUCCUGGAAGAAGCAAACAUUAAAGAAUGCUGAACCGACAGUUUUGUUGUUUUUAGUUUUUAAAACUAAUAACGGGUUUCAAAACAAAGUGAUUUGAUAUUCCUUAGAGAAUGAAAACACGUCAUUUCUGCAGAGUGGGAAGCAGAGGUGCUCCUGUGCAUGUGCAGUCUUUAAGCCCACCCGCCAGACACAGCCUGUGGUGUUUAAGUCCGUACUGUUACUUAGUUUUCUCUGCGUAGCUAUACAUUCAUAUUUUGAAAAUGUAGUCAUACCAUAUAUUGUUUCAUAGACUGCUCUGACUAUUAUAAACAUUUUUCUGUA